CUGUAGAAAUGGUGUGUCCUCACUCAUCACUGGAGAUUGGUCUACUUGGCGUGGGUAUGCCAAACUCAUCUUCACACUGGCUGUUUAUUAUUAAGCGCUGCGGAGGCGAGUAGAGGUGAUGUUAUCAUGACCGUAGUGAAAAAGCAUGCUAUGCUAGUCAUAAUUAGCAGCCAGCCUUGGACUGGCUUCACUAGCAUAUUGUAUUGAUGUGGUUGCCUGGGCGAUAUAUUGUGAGGUACCAGUGCUUCAGAGCGCUUGCGACGUGUGAUUACAUUAUCAUAAUUACCAUAGUCAAGCUGUGUUGCUGAUCGCGUCUUCUCCUCCCGCUCAUAGUGCUCGUAUUGCCGUACAGUAGAAUUUUAAUAAGCAUUUGUCGUCGUGUCAACAGCCUACCGCCAUCUUAACCCGCUUUGCUUAUUUUGCGCUGUAAUUUCCUACUAAAAUGCACUGGCUGUGCUGAGUAUUGCUUGACGACUUGACCCAUGCAGCGACCCGCUUGGGAAGCGACGACAACGACCUUUCCGAGGUGUUAGACUGACCAAUCAGAACACGGCCUAGAAUACACGCUUAUUCCACAAACCAGGAAACAAUUUAACUGUUCCCUGCACAAACAGACUUACGUCGUGCUGUCGAUCUUACAAACUCUCGUACGUUCAUCAUUAGAACAAUAUCCAGGUACAGGGCGAUUGUCUUUUAAGAAAGGCCAAGAAUUAAGAAGAGACUUGGACCAUUCGUCGGACCAAGGAGCGAUACGCGGCAUUGUCAAUGAGGACGGAAGACGAGGAACAGAGGGGGCCUGAUGCGGCUGUUGUAAGCCUUGAGACAAAUGAAGAGGACGAGGAGAAUUCGCCUACAGCUUGUUGCUUUUGCUGGUGUUGGUGCUGCUCCUGUAGAUGGUACGUAGUCCACGGUCGCUCAUGCUGUCGACUGAAUAGCAGUUGCAAAGCAGAUAACUUGACAUCGACUGGAGUUUCACUACAGAAAUGUGAAGUCGGUGCCGAGAGUAUGACAAUAGGUCCAAGCGACAAUUCCGGAAUAUCGGCCCUUAUGCAGAAUGCUCCAACAGAAGAAGAGUUACGUUCAUGGAGUCGCAACUUUGAUACGAUGAUGAGAAGUAGCAAGGGAUUACAGGCGUUUCGUGGAUUUCUGUGUUCAGAAUACAGUGAAGAGAAUUUGAUGUUUUGGUUAGCAUGUGAAGAGCUUCAUACAAUAUCUGAGGCCGUGAAGGUAGAAGAACGAGCGCGCCUCAUGUAUGAGGAUUAUAUUUCAAUAUUAUCACCUAAAGAGGUAAGUUUGGAUUCAAGAGUCCGUGAAAUCGUGAAUCGUAACAUGGUGGACCCGACUGUGUACACUUUUGACGAGGCACAGCAACAAAUAUAUACCCUUAUGCAAAGAGACUCUUUCCCUAGGUUUAUAAAUUCGAAACUCUUCAAGACAUUGUUGCUGAAAUCUCAAGAAGCCAGCAGCUAGAUGAAGUUACAUAUAUUCUUAGAAAACUAGCAGACUUGUAAUAGUUGGAUAAACUCGCCAAGCGGGAGCUGUCACUGAUACAAGAGAUGGGGUUCGACACGUGUUGCAGGAUAUUGACCAACGCAGAAACAGUUGUGUGAUUUUUGACACACUGCCUGUGGACACAGGGCCGCAUUUGUUCCUUAAAAAGGAAGGUAAAACAUUAAUUGUUAGAGUACAUUAUAGACCAACCUGCAUAGACUUUGAUAACAGGAGAUAUACUAUGGAUAGAUUUAUCUACAGGCUGUGUCUAUUAAUACCUUUCGUAAAUUUUAUUAACGAAAGUGCUUAUCGAUAUGUUUUCAAAACGUAACGAAUAAUACUCAGAUAAAGACGGCAUUGUUUUUUUUAGAGCAGAUUGGUAUUAAAAUACGACGUAUGUUUCAUUUAUUUGUGACAGCGCGUAUGAAUAAUCAAAUUUUUUAGUAAUAUUCAGGACACAAUCUUUUCACUUGUUUAUCUGAUAUUAUUUUGGUAUAACAUUUAUCGAUAUUACCAUGUUGUAAUAUACAUUGAAUAGAGAACCGACAGGCCAUUCUUAUAAUAUUUUUGACGAUUUUUUUCUAGAUGAUUUUCUUGCUUUGAAUUUCAAAAACUAUAAUAUCCCAUUCUAUUUUCACUUUUAAUUACUUUCUGAAAAUGUAUAAGUUGUUUUGAUAUCAACGUGAACUGAAAAAAGAAUACAAAUUAUGAAUGCUUCCAGCUAAGGAUUUCUGCUCGCUUGUGAUGUUCAUUUAUUAUUUUGCACAUGAUGUAUAGACAACCUUCUUACCACAUAACUAGGCCCUAUUAAGGAUGUAUAGGUUUAUAUAGCGGUCAUUUUUAGGUGUGCAAUCAUGGUAAGGUUAGUUGUAUCGAAGUAUAGAAUAUGCAGUUACCAGUAGACCUUAAUGAUAGAGGUUUAGGUAAUUUGUUUAUUUCUCCAAUUAAUUUUAAUCUUCAUAACAGUUUCGUUUGGGUACUGAUAGCCUAAUUUGAUUUCAUAUUAUUCAUUGUAAGAUCCACGAUUGCCAACUGUCCUAUAUAUAAUUACACAACGGUGCUUCGUACUGGUGCUUUACUAAAUAUUUGUUUAUAUCCAUAUAUCCUGGAUACUAUAAGAACUUUCUCACCUCUUGUUAUAUUAUAGACGUUUUAUUGACUUCGCUCGGAAAUUCAAUCGAAAAUUUUAAAGAUGAACAUUAAAUAAAAUUGUAAUAUUGUAAAUAGGUCUAGAAGGAAUCGGACAUAUUUGAAGUUUUUUUUUUCAGAACUACAAGUUGAUCACUUUUUAUGUUAACAUUAUACUACUAGCUUGUGCUGCAGAUGCAAAUUGAGCGUAUUGAUUUGCCUUUACGCAAGAAAUCAACAUCGACCACACUAUGAAAAAAAACCAAAAAAAAACAUUGGUAUGGAACGUGUAUUUGUACGCAUUGUACGCACAAUGGGCAGCUCUCGUGCAAAAGAACAUGUGGUCCAAAAUAACUACAAUUCUGUGUCAAUUGUUGGUUAUUGCAGUAUAUCUUAAAAACCCCUUUCUCACUGAACCUGGUCAGAAUUGAUCGUUCCAAACACAUAUCUGUCUUUGCUGGCACCUUGGUUCCUUGAGUUAUGAUUCUGUUAAUUAGUUACAUAAAAUAGCGCUAGUGCGUACCAUUUUAUGAGUGCCAAACACCGAUUGCACCUCAAAUAAUUAUUGCUGAUGAAUCUUAUAACGUCGAUUUAAACAACUUCAUUUCUUGUUACAAUUUUAGUGUCAGUAUCGACUGUUGGGGAAAUGCAUUUGGGAGAACGCUUUGCCUGUAAGCUAACUGUUAUGUGGACGCAGGGUGUAUCAGCUCAACAUUACGGCAUAAUGGAGUUUAACGCCCAGUGUCUGACAUUUUUGUAAUUGUAAAUUAUACAAUAAUCGACCGAUUUAUUCAUCUCCAGUAGCGUCUCACAUAUUUUGACUUAAACAAUAACAAAUAGAAAAUAUUACCAACAGAAUGGUUUCGAGCAGAGAUGGUUAAUUGGUUGAAAAAUGUAUUGAAGUUAGCAGGAAAUUCGUUUUAUUAAACAUUAUUUUCAUUAAAUUUGAUUUUAUGAGAAUACUGUAAACUUACUGUAAGUUAUUUAUUUACAAACUACGGGUUUGACAGGUAAGACGUUUCAGAAUGAUUGGAAUUUGUAUGACAAGUUUGCCUAAGCCUCGUUCAAUUAAUACCUAGGCAUAUAUACCAUGGACGAUUGCUCAUUAUGUACAUUUCUCAUUGUAGGAAGUACAUUAUACAGUUUCUUUUCCCUUUUCAAUUAAUUUUUAUUCCAGUAGGUCAAAUUAGGAUAAAUUAUAUUUAGGGCCUACCAGUGACUUUAAAUAACUUAUUACAGUAUAGGUGUUAUGAUGGCAGAAAUAAUUUUCGUUCGAUCGUUGGUUAAAUUCUUACCUGAAUCACUUGCGAAUUAUUAUAAGUAUUUAGGGAGGUAUUAAGAACUCGGAAUUGUGAUAGUUUGGGUGUAAAAAGCAGCAUCUCAGAUAACUCGCGUUCAGAUGGACUGUACAUUACAUCAAACUUAAUGUAUUUUGCAACACCAUGAUACUGUGUCUACAGUGAACACCGCCACCGACUAAUUUCAAUGUAGGCCCCUAUUACUAAGAAAAACACUUGCUGAAAAAACUGGAACCUCCAGAAAAUCAGCAAUACACAUAGUAGGCCUAUAUUCGAUAGUUAGACUCUAAUCAUCCUUCAGGUGUGUGUUGCAACUGCACCAUCGGAAAAGGAUAUUCUUUCAUAUUAUGUUUAUAACACCGCAGAGGCGCUGGGCUUAUGAAUAGUAAUUAUUCAUUUUCAUCCGCCAUCCAUAUUUUUACAGUUAAUUAAAUAUCUUCACUCUGUACAGUAUGAUAAUAUUAUUUUGAUGAUCCUUUACAUUUUUACUUUUUUACCACGAUACUAUCAUGCUUUAAGACCUACUCAUUAUCAUUUUUCCCACUUUCGUCAAAUAAUUCUUUCACUCGGAUUGGGAUUGACGAACGCAGGUCAGUUGAAAUAAGAAUUUGGAAUCAAUUGUAGUGUUAAAAUUUGCGACUAUAUACAUUUGAUAUAUAAUGUAUGAGAGUAAUUGUUUAAGUUUUAAUACGUUCUUCAUAGAGUGUUUGUAUAUCUGUUUUAUAUACGCCUACGAACACGUAUUAAUGUUAAUUGUCAACAUUAACUGAAUUGUUUAUAAUAACUUUUCAACAAGUCGAUGUGGAUCUUUCAAGUUAUUAUUGUCUUUGAAAUUUGUUCUUUUCAAGAUUUUGAAUGUUAAAUUUUGUCGUUUAUAGAAAUGUACCAAUAGUGUUAGCCGAUGUUAAUUUAAAACCAAUAGAAAUACUAUGAUUGCAUAAUAAAGACAAUAGUUGUAAAAUGUAUUGACAAUUAAUGUAAACAAUUUCGUUGAGUGAUAGUUGUAUUAUGAAUAUCAUGUUGAGUUCACUUUCCCUCAAUUUAUGAUUUCACUAAAAGUUAAAAUAUGUAAACUACAGUGAUGAUGUGACGUUGGUAUUAAAUGACAGUCAUCAGCAUUUGUAUUGUAGUUGAUCAACUUUGAUUCAAUAAAACAAACGAUACUUAUAAA